AUGAAGCUCGACGUGACGGCCAUGCGGUACCUGAGCAAGGAACACUUUCGAGUGCUCACGGCUAUUGAAAUGGGCAUGAAGAACCACGAGGUCGUGCCUGUAGAGCUCAUCACGAGCAUCGCCAAGCUGCGUCACGGCGGCGUGCAGAAGAUUCUGUCGCAUUUGCUGCGUAAUAAACUCAUUGCGCACGACGGCAACGCCUACGAUGGCUACCGUCUCACGUACAGUGGCUAUGACUUUCUGGCGCUUCGCGUGUUUCUGCAACGCGGGCACAUCACGGGAUUGGGGCGUCAGAUUGGCGUGGGCAAAGAGUCGGACAUUUACUUGGCGACACAAGAGGACGGCACGGAAGUCGCGAUCAAGUUCCACCGGCUCGGACGCACGUCGUUUCGAGCUGUGAAGAGCAAGCGUGACUACCUCAAGAACCGCAAGUCCGUGAGCUGGUUCUACAUGUCGCGACUCUCGGCUAUGAAAGAAUACGCUUUCCUCAAGGCGCUGUACGACCGCGACUUUCCGACGCCGACGCCGUUUGACUGCAAUCGUCAUGCCAUUUGUAUGAGUCUUGUAGAUGGCUAUCCUCUGAAUCAAGUACGCCGUCUGGCCAACUCGAAGCUCGUCUACGACACGGCCAUGUCGAUUGUAGUUCGUCUAGCGGAGUACGGGCUGGUCCAUUGCGACUUCAACGAGUUUAAUAUUAUGAUUGGGGGCGAUGGCAAAAUCACGAUGAUCGAUUUCCCACAGAUGAUCUCGACAUCGCACCCAAAUGCUGCCGAGCUGUUUGAUCGCGAUGUGCAUGGACUCGUGAAGUUCUUCUCGCGGCUUCAAGGUGGUGCGUACACACCAGACCGUGUUCCUAAGUUGGACGACAUCGUUGCGGACGAGAACAAUCGACUAGACGAGGAUGUGGAGGCAAGUGGUUUCGGCAAGGAGUUUGGCGAAAAAGUGCACGAUCUUUCAAUAUUCUCGGCUCACCAGAAUGUCGAGGAUGGCGACAGCGACAGCGAUAGCCUGGAGGACGAAAGCGAGGAAGAUAGGGAGAGUAAUGAGGAGAGUGACAGGGAGGAAGUGGCUCACCUUGCGCUGGAUGUUGAGGGCGUGACUCUUGAUAGCCAGGUAGAUGGGUCGAAGGAACCGACCGAAGAUGACAGUGACGAAGCACAGAAUUCGUAUUCGGCAGAAAGCGAGGUGAUUAAGCAGCGGGUCCAACGUGAGCGGCAGGCACGUCAGAAAGAGGGUGGUAAGCGGCGGUCACGCAACGCGUCCAAGCUUAGCAUCAAGGGCAAGCUGUACCACAAGAACGACUGGUAA